CCUGUUUCUUCCUUCUUCUUUUACGUUGACCAUGGUGGUUGAAUCAUGCAACAGUCUUGUUCUUGAUGGAAGAUCCGUUUAGUAGUAUCGCAAAUGAGCUGAGAAAGGGGGACUUCUUUUUGACAACAGGCAGCUCCUCAAUUUUAUUUUGUUUUCUAACCUAUUCACGCACACGGUGACAACGAAACAAUGACUGACGCAGACACUGAUAUAGUAGAUCCUCAUGCGCUGUUUAUGCAAUUCGCACCAGAUCUAUACUUUGAUGCACCUAAGCAAUCCAACGGCGAUCCCGCAUUCCGAACAGUAGCAGACGUUGAAGAAAUGUGGUACACCGUGGCGGAACAGUCAGUACCCACCUCCAUACUACCGUUUUGGAAGACAAUUAAAACGUGGACAAACGAGCCGCACUUGCUGAUCCCCCCUGUGGAGAAGGCCGAAAUUCUAUCCAUGACUGCCACUGCAUCAAACGACAACGAUCAAAUAAUACGACGCAAGUUGAUACCCAAACGAAAAGCCAAAGACGCACCUCUGGCCGAAGAUGUUGAAUAUCAUGGCUAUAACGGUGAUAAAAGUCGCGGACGUGUCAUCUAUAGACCAGUUGUGCCACCUGAAAAGACAGUAGAAACGACACUGCCGUUCUAUUAUCCAAAGGUGAAAGCAUAUAGUUUCGUGUACGACGCCACUUGUCUGCCAAGAAGCCAAGACAACGACGACGACGACGGUGAUCAUGACCGUAACAUAGAAAUUCAAGGAACAUUGCGUUUACAGAUUCUUCCCAUCGACGAUCAUCAACCAGCUAUUACAGAUGUUAAAAUGCAAUAUGCGCUCAGAACGAUCUUACACAAACUUUUCAAAUGGUGCAUCCAAACCCGCCUUGGGUACCAAAAAAGAGCACAACACGAUACGCUAGUCCCAAAAGAGACGUAUGUGAACAUGUACCAGCACCUCAAAGCAAAAUAUGCCAGUGACUUGGUUAGCAACUGGACCGAAAAGACGGAUCCACAAAAGUUUGUAUUUGAAGAUAUUGCAAUUGCCAGCUAUCUCAUUUGUUUGUGGCAACAAGAAGAACGGAAGCCUACUUUUGUUGAUUUGGGGUGCGGAAAUGGUCUGUUGACUUAUCUUUUGACGAGUGAAGGAUACCAGGGAUAUGGGAUUGACGUCGCAGAAAGAAAGAUAUGGGCGAAAUUACGCAAUGGCAAGCAUGAUCAGUUACGAGUGGAGGCACUUUAUCCAGCACAGGCAGUUUAUCCGGGUACAGAUUGGCUAAUUGGGAACCACGCAGAUGAGCUUGUGCCAUGGAUUCCUUUGAUGGCCGCAAAAUCAGGGGCACAAUGCAAAUUCAUGGUGAUCCCGUGCUGCUUUUAUGGCCUAGACGGUACUAAACGGCUCGUGCUCAAUACAAGUGCCAACGAUAGUGACAGCAGUAGGGACAAGGAAGAGGAGGAGGAGAAGAAGAAGAAGAAGAUGACCGGUGGUGGCAGCGGGGGCGGAAAAUACAAGGCAUACACACGUUACGUUAAAGACAUUGCCACACAAUGUGGCUUCCAGGUGGAACAAGAUCAUCUUCGUAUCCCGAGCACAAAGAACAUUGCCGUGGUGGGAAGGAAACGACUGGAUCCAUCGUUAGCGUCGUCUGCUGAUCGCAUGGCAGCCGCCAUCCGAGCGAUAGAGACGGCCGGAUCAGCGUUUGUGCCUCGCAAGAAUGAUCGCGACAAAGAGCUUGAGCGUCGAGAACGUAAAAGAUCAAAAAUAGAAAAAAGCACUACUUGAACGUCCGGGUUCCUAAAAUAAAAUUUUCGUUCCCGCAACA